AUGUCUUAUUAUAAAAAGGACCGCUCCGCGCAAGGCAGUGCUCGAGCUGGGGGCGGAGCAGCAGGCGGCGGGGGAGGGGGGGACGGCAGAAAAGCAUGGGGAGGGCGGCGCGGGAUGGGGCAAGGCGCGAGCGGCGGCGAUGACGAGGUGGAGACGGCUUUUGGAUUCGUUAAUUUCACGGAUGGAGAUCCGCGGCUCGGAUGGCUGCUAAACAUGAGCUCGGCAUCGGUGGAGGAGCCCGAGACGUCCACUAUGUGCAGCUGCGUGAACCUCUACUUCAUGUGCCAGAACGGCUCCACGUUCAAGGCACAAGUCAAAUAUGAGCCAUACUUCUAUAUUGCCGCCAAGGAGCGCAAGGAGAUGGAGGUGGACGCGUAUCUCCGUCGCAAGUACGAGGGCCUCAUCACGGGCAUCGAGGCCGUGGAAAAGGAAGACCUGGAUCUUCCGAACCACCUGUCAGGGCGGCGGCGUGUGUACCUGAAGGUGUGCUUUGCGAACGUGCAGAACCUGAUGGAGGUGCGCAAGGAUGUGCUGGCUGUGGUGGAGCGCAACAAGACCCGCGCACAGGCUGCCGGCGCGUACGGAUCAUUCGAAGGCAUCAACCUCUCGCUGCUCACAGGGGCGACGGGAAUGAGUGGGGCAGGGAGCGGCAUGGGGUCAGGGUACGGGCAGCAGUACCUGCAUGCGACGGCGGAAUCCCACAAGGCGGUGCAUGCUGGGCUGCAGCAGGAGGGUGCUGAGUCGCUCAUGGUGGACAUUCGUGAAUACGACGUGCCCUACCACAUGCGCUUCGCCAUUGACAAGAACGUGCGGUGCGGGUGGUGGUUCACAGUGGCCAUAGACGCGGGCAACAUCACGCUCACGCACCGCCCGGACCUCAUCCGCAGCCCUGAGCCGCGAGUGUGCGCAUUCGACAUAGAGACCACGAAGCUGCCGCUCAAGUUCCCCGACGCGUCCUUUGACAUCAUUUUCAUGCUCUCCUACAUGAUCGACGGCAAGGGAUACCUGCUCGUCAACCGGGAAGUGGUGGGCGAGGACAUAAAGGACUUAGAGUACACGCCCAAGCCGGAGUUCCAAGGGCCGUUCCACGUGACCAACGUGGAGAACGAGGAGCAGCUGCUCAAGCGCUGGUUCGCCCACAUGCGCGCUGAGCGCCCAGGCAUAUAUGUCACGUACAACGGAGACUUCUUUGACUGGCCGUUUAUCGAGCAGCGCGCUGCUACACAUGGCAUGUCGCUGCUGCAGGAGAUGGGGUUUAAGUGCGACGCGGUGAGUGGGGAGUGCCGCUCCCGCUUUGUGUGUCACCUGGACGCGUUUGCAUGGGUGCGCAGGGACAGCUACCUGCCGCAGGGGUCGCAGGGCCUCAAGGCAGUCACGAGGGCCAAGCUGGGGUAUGACCCCCAUGAGGUGGAUGCAGAGGACAUGGUGCGAUUUGCACGUGAGCAGCCGCAGGUGAUGGCGUCCUAUUCAGUGUCAGAUGCACUGGCAACGUACUUUCUGUACAAGACGUACGUGCACCCGUUCAUCUUCUCGCUCGCCACCAUCAUCCCCAUGCCGCCCGACGAGGUCCUGCGCAAGGGCUCCGGCACACUCUGCGAGACACUGCUCAUGGUCGAGGCGUACCGCAACAACAUCGUGUGUCCAAACAAGCACGUGGAUGCAGUGGAGCGGUUUCACGGCAACCGGCUGCUGGAGAGCGAGACGUACAUCGGGGGCCACGUGGAGUGCCUGGAGAGCGGCGUCUUCCGCUCCGACAUCCCCACCAAGUUCCGCCUGCACCCCCCCGCCUACCAGAUGCUGAUGGACAAGCUGGACGAGGACCUGGUGUACGCUCUCAAGGAGGAGGGUGGCAUGGCCGUGGAGGAUGUCAGCAAUUAUGAGGACGUCAAGCAAAGCAUUGUUGAUAAGCUGAGCGCCCUGCGGGAUGCGCCAGUGAGGGAGGAGUGUCCGGUGAUCUACCAUUUGGACGUGGCCGCUAUGUACCCCAACAUCAUGCUUACCAACCGCCUGCAGCCGCCAUCGAUAGUGACGGAGGAGGUGUGUGCAGCAUGUGACUUCAACCGCCCGGGCAAGAACUGCCUGCGCCCGCUGGAGUGGGUGUGGCGCGGAGAAACAUACACCGCCUCAAAGAGCGAGUACUAUCAGCUGCGCAGUCAGAUGGAGACGGAGCGCUUCCCCUGUGCGGCACACGGGGGGCAGGUGCGGUCGUUCCGCGAGCUGCCACUGCAGGAGCAGCAGGAGCGCGUCAAGGAGCGCCUCAAGAAGUACUGCCAGAAGGUGUACAAGCGGGUGGUGGACAAGCCGAAGGUGGAGGUGAAGGUGGCGGGAGUGUGCCAGCGGGAGAACUCCUUCUACAUCGACACUGUCAGGAGUUUCCGUGACCGGAGGUACGAGUACAAGGGGCUGAACAAGAAGUGGAAGGGCAAGCUGGGAGACGCCAAGAAGUCUGGCAACGCCUUUGCCAUCCAGGAAGCUCAGGACAUGGUGGUGGUAUACGACUCACUGCAGCUGGCGCACAAGUGCAUCCUCAACUCCUUCUACGGCUAUGUCAUGCGCAAGGGAGCGCGAUGGUACUCGAUGGAGAUGGCGGGCAUCACGACAUACACGGGCGCCAAGCUCAUUCAGAGUGCGCGCGAGCUGGUGGAGCGCGUGGGCAAACCCCUGGAGCUCGACACAGACGGCAUCUGGUGCUGCCUCCCCGCCUCCUUCCCCCAGGACUUCUGCUUCACUCCCAGCAAGCCGGGCGGCAAGAAGCUGACGAUAUCGUACCCAUGUGUGAUGCUGAACGCGGAUGUGAAGAAGCAUAACACCAACGACCAGUACCAGACGCUGGUGGAUCCGGAGAGUCGGCGCUAUGAGGUGGCGAGUGAAUGCUCCAUUGCGUUCGAGGUGGAUGGGCCCUACAAGGCGAUGAUUCUCCCUGCAUCCAAGGAGGAGGGCGUGCUGCUGAAGAAGCGCUACGCCGUCUUCAACCUGGACGGGUCUCUGGCGGAGCUCAAGGGCUUUGAGCUCAAGCGGCGAGGCGAGCUGAAGCUGAUCAAGGUGUUCCAGUCCGAGGUCUUUGAGUGCUUCCUCGCUGGCUCGUCGCUGCCCGAGUGCUACGCUGCUGUGGCAGCCGUCGCCAACAACUGGCUCGACAUGCUCGAUAGUCGUGGGGCAGGGCUGGAGGAGGCGGAGCUUCUAGAGCACAUCAGCGAGUCGUGCACCAUGAGCAAGGCCCUGGAGGAGUAUGGCGGGCGCAAGUCCACUGCUGCUACCACCGCCAUGCGCCUCGCGGACUUCCUGGGCGAGGCCAUGAUCAAGGACAAGGGGCUCAGCUGCAAGUACAUCGUUGCUAAGUACCCUGCUACAUCUCCUGUGAGCGAGAGGGCCAUUCCUGUGGCAAUCUUCAAUGCCGAGCCAGAGGUGAUGCGGGUGUACCUGCGCAAGUGGUGCAAGGAGGCGCACGGCCCGUUGGACGUGCGGGGCAUAGUGGACUGGGACUACUACCGCCAGCGCCUCUCCUCCGCCAUCCAGAAGAUCAUCACCAUCCCCGCCGCCAUGCAGAAGGCACAAGGUGUGCGUGGCUUGCUCGUCUUCUCAUCCGUCUCCACUCUUGCUCUGAUUUCCCCUCCCCCUUCCCUCCCUCCUCGCUCCCCUCCUCCCUUCCCCCUUCCCUCCCCCCUUUCAUUCUCCCUCCCCCGUUUUUUCCCCCACACACGUGCUCGCCCAUGCAAAACGGUGCAGGUGAAGAAUCCAGUGCCGCGUGUGGCGCACCCUGACUGGCUGUCCAGGCGUGUGCGGCAGCAGGAGGACCGCUGGCAGCAGCGCUCCCUGCGCGGCUUCUUCUCCGCCUCCCUCGCCCCCGCUGCUGCUGAUGCCACCGCUGCCGCUGCAGAUGGUGCUGAUACCGCUGCUGCUGCUGACGUAGGCGGUGGUGGGGAUGCCAAUGCUAACGCAUCUACUGGCCAAGAUCCGGGUAGAGAAGUGGCACAUGGUGCACCAGUUGACUUGGAGGAUAUUGGCGGGCGAGGGGGGAGAGGGAGGGAGGGCGGCACGCGUGCAGUGGUGAGGAGGCAGGUCCAGGCAAGGCUGGUGGUUCCGGAACGAGAGGGGGGGAGAGAAGGGGAGGAGGAGGAGAGGGAGAGGGUGGAGAGGAGGGGUAGGGAGGCGAGGGAGCGGAGUCCUGACCCUGGAGAGGACUAUGGCAAGUGGUUGCAGCAUAAGAAGAGGAAGUGGCGGCGGGCGUUGGAAGAGAGGAAGAGGCGCAGGCAGGGUGAAGGGGAGGGGGGUGGCGGCGAAGGCAUGGGGAGUGGAGCAGCGGGGACGCGCAGGAGGCUGGGAGUGAGUGGCAUGCUGCGCCAUGCAGACGAUGCUCUCACGCGCUCGCACUGGCAGAUUAUCCAAGUGACGCCCACAGCAACGCCGGGCGAGUUCUCCCUGUGGGUGGUCGUGGGAGCAGCGGGCGUGAGGCGAGUGGUGGUGAGGGUGCCGCGUGUGUUCUACCUGAACACGCGUGCGGCGGUGAAGCAGGAGGAGGCACCGGGGGAGCUGGUGUCCCGCACUCUGCCACACGGCCACCCCCUGCUCAACCUGCUCAAGCUGACAGUGCAGGAGAGCCAGUUCCAGGCGUCCAGGAGGCAGCUCGCUGCGCAUCUGGGUGACCCCGACGUUGAGGGAGUGUACGAGGCACAGGUGCCGCUGCUCACGCACCUGCUGCUCUCCCUCGGCACUGUCUGCUCCGUGGACUCCCGCGCUCGCUCCAAAGCUACUGCCGCCGCCAAGACCACCAACACCACCAGCGGUGGCAACAGCAGCAGUGGAGCAUGGGACAUGGGGCAUCUAUCCAUGCGCACCACCACCGAGUGCCCCUACCUGCCCUCCAUGCUCUCCUCCCGCUCCUUCCUCUACCUCUACCACAGUGGCACGGACACGAGAGCAGUGUACGCGCUGUUCAUGCCCUCGCUCCCCGCGCUGCUGCUCCUCUUCGUCUCCCCCGUGCCCACACGUGACGUCACCCCUGCUCACCUGCACCGCCACUUCCUCGCAGCUGCUGCUGCAGCACAUGCUGCCAGCCCAGACGUGCCUGCCCCACCUGCUGCUGGCUUCGUGCCUGUCAAGGUGGAGUAUGCGGGGACCCGCCAGGAUGCAUGCAAGGCAGUGCAGCGAGCAAUAGAGGAAUUGCGUGGGUCCCACCGUGGCCCACUAAUAGCUCUGGUAGAGGAUGCCACUCGCACUGGGGGAACACCACCUGGUGGCGAGGGGACAUUGACAGCAGCAACAGGGGCAGCGACAGGAACAGGGGGAGCGGGAGGGGCAGGGGCGAGUGGAGGGUUGGGGGGAGUGGCAGUGUUAGAGAGCAUGCCAUGCGUGGAAGUACCGGGCAAUGCGGCCGACAGCCGCUUCCCGGCGCUGGGGUGGCAGGCAGCAGCGGGGCGAGUGGCGGUGCACCGAUGUGCACAGGCGCCUGUGUGGCUGCACCAGCGCGUUGCCCUCGCCCGAUAUGCACACAUCCCCAUAGGCAACAUGAGCAAGGACUGGAUCCUGCACACAGCAGAUGUCUUCUUCGCCAGGGCAUUGCGAGACAACAACCAUCUGCUGUGGCUGUCCCACACGGGCAUGCCGGACGUGGGAGGGGUGGCUGAGGAGGAGGCCAUGAGCUUCCUGGAUGAGGUGCAGCAACCGCAGGUGGUGGUUCCGGGUCACUACACAACAAUAACUGUGGAGCUCAAGAUACAGCACCUGGCAGUGUGUGCGCUCAUCAAGAGCACCAUAAUCAACGACAUCGAAGGGGGUGCGCUCCUGGGCGCCUCACACCCCCACUCCCACCCACACCCCUCCUCUCAACCGAACGCCUCCUCGCACCCCAGAUUCCUCUUCCAGACCCAAUCCACCAGCACCCCAGCCAACGGCAGCAACCACAGCGAUCACCGCACAACAGAGUCAGCAUCAGCAGCGGCAGCGGCAGCGGCAGAGGCAGUGAGGGAGGCGGAAGCAGAGCUGCAGGGCGUGCUGGGUGGGGUGCAGGGGGACGAAGGGGGGAGAGGGGGCUCAGAGGGUUCAGGGGCCUCAGGGGGGCAUGUGAUGGAGGACGAGGCGGCCAUGUGUCGGUCGGCCUUCAAGGUGCUGCGCGGCAUGGUGACGGCGUGGGUGACCGAUGUGGUGCGCACGCAAAGCCUCUAUGCUGACGCCCUGCUGCAGCACCUCUACCGCUGGAUCUGCAGCCCUUCAUCCACUCUGCACGACCCUUUCCUGCACCGCCUGCUGCACAAGAUCAUGUGCAAGCUGUUUGCGCUGCUGCUGGCAGAGCUGCGGCGCCUGGGCGCCACAGUGAUAUACGCGGACUUCUCACGCGUCAUUCUUGCCACGGGGCGGCGCUCCCUGCCCUCUGCCAUGGCCUAUAUGGACUACCUUGUUGCCGCUGUCAACAGCAGAGACGCGUUUGAGCUGUUGCAUGUGGAGAAGCAGCGGGUGUGGCACUCCCUGCUGUUCCUGGACAAGUUCAACUUUGGCGGCAUUGUCGAUAGCUCUCAAUUGGAGCAGCAGCAGCCGGAGGGAGAGGGAGAGAAUGGGGAAGCUGCACGGCACACGAAUGGCAAUGGUGCUGCCACUGCUGAUGCUAAUGGUGGUGGUGGCGAUGGUGGUGGUGAUGGUGUUGGGAGUGGUGAUGGUGCUGGGGCAGGGAAGCAGGCGGAUGGGCGAGGAGGAGAGGAGAGCAAGAUGACCGUGCUGAGCCAAUGGAACAUUGCAGACUACCUCCCUUCAUCUGUGCAGGAGUACUUCCAUCUGACGGUCUCUGACUUCAUCUUCAACCCCUGGGUGGCCGCUCGUGAACGCCGCACAGAGAGAACCCUGCAGCGCAGAGCUGCUGCUGCCCUGGCUGCUCGAGCGAGGGAGAGGGAGAGGGAGAAGGAGAAAGGGAAGGCAGGGAAAGGAGGGAAAGAGGGAGGAGGCGGGGAUGUGGGAGACGUGGCGGAGGAGGGGAGGGUGGACGAGGAGGAUGAAGAGGCAGAGCUGGCACGCAAUGAGGUGCAGAACCGCCUCACAGACAACCUCUUGCACCUUGUGCGGGCCUUGCAGGCAGAGGCGGAGAGAGGGGGGGAGGACGCGGAGGAGGAGGGGGAAGGGGGGGAGGAGCGCAGGAUGGGGAAGUCAGGGAAAGGGGGGCAGAGGGGGAAGGCGCGGGGGGUGCUAGGGGCGACAGGGGGACGAGCUUUGGAGCUGGUGAAAGCAGUGUGCCAUGUGCUGUCGCUCAGUGCACACGUGCAGCAUGAAGUGCAGGUGUUGCGGCGGCAGCUGCUGCGGGUGCUGAGAGUGCGUGAGUUUGCACCAGAAGCCAUUUUCCGGGACCCAUGUCGCUCAUUCGUUCUACCAGGAGUCAUAUGCAGCUACUGCAACGACUGCAGGGACCUGGACUUGUGUCGGGACCAGCUGCUGCAGGCGGGCGAGUGGCGCUGUGCCGUUCCGCACUGCCAGCACCCCUACGACCUGCUCUGGAUUGAAAACGCUCUGCUCGAGGUGAGUGAAGCCAAGCCAUGCCACACCCUGCUCUGUGAAGUCUGCCCGGGCAGCGCUGCACUGCACGUGUGCAGGCACGUUCCAGUGCUCGCAGCAGGCAGAGCAGCUGAGGGAGGGGCUGCUCGUGCUGCACUCAGUGGCCUCCACACACGGUUUCCCCUUGCUGCUCGAGUGCCUGCAGUGGCUGCUGCCUCUCUGCCGUGCCACAGGGGAGAAAUGAGUGCCAGUAGAGUAGGACGUGGGAGGAGUGAGAGCAGUUGGAUGGAGGAAGUGACGGAGGGGGAUGAGAUGGACAGUCACGAGUGUGGCUGGGGUAGUUCUGCGGUUGAUGCGGCGGCGGAGGCGGAGUUUCGUGCGGCCAUGCGGUUUAUCCGAAAGGGGCCAUCCGCCUCCCUGCAGUUCGUCGUAGAUGAGAAGCGCGCUGAGCUGUAUGCCUUAGAGGCACAGGCAGUGCACGGCCCAUGUUCUGAGGCGAGUGCAAACCCCCCCGUACUCGAGGACCCGUCUAGCAGGCGGCGGCGGGAGGCAUGGGUAGCCCUGGGACAGAUGCCGGCAGCAGAGGCUAAAAGGCAGCUGGCGGCGCUGCUCUCGCUGCUCAUUCCCGACUGGCGCGAUUGGGAGCCCAGCAGCAUGGGUGAGGGAGGGGGGAAUGGAAGGGAGGGGGCAGAAGGCUUGAGCAGAGAAACGGCGCAAGGACAUGGUUCCGGGCAAGACGAACUGAGUUCUCGGGACGAAGGAUAUGCCCCGGCGCAAGGAGGAGGGUUGGCUGAUCAACUGCUGAGGAGGUUUGCUGCCCGCACCAACGUACCACUUAGAGCAAUAAGAGCCCGACUGUGA